CAUCACAACUACCCACGAAGCCCAUUUACACACACAUCACAUCUAUAUAUGCCAUUUCCAUUAACACGCUAAAUUUUCUACGGAAUCACGAUGAAGCUUGUUUGGUCUCCAGAAACAGCCUCGAAAGCUUACAUAGACACAGUAAAAUCAUGUGAGAGUUUCAAAGAAUCCAGCGUAGCUGAGCUCCUCUCAGCCCUGGCCGCUGGUUGGAACGCAAAAUUGAUUGUCGAAGCCUGGUCUUACGGAGGUCCAAUAGCAACAAGCAUCGGCCUAGCUGUAGCCGCUCGUCACACAUGCGGACGACACGUCUGCGUAGUCCCAGAUGAACGUUCAAGAUUAGCGUACGUUAAAGGGAUGAACGAGUCUGCAGGCAUAUCAGCAACAGAAGUGAUAGUAAGAGAAGCAGAAGAGGCCAUGGCGGAACUAGUCGGCGUAGAUUUCUUGGUUGUUGAUUAUAAACGUAAAGAUUUUGUUAGGGUUUUGAGGUUUGCAAAGGUUAGCAAUAACGGUGCCGUUCUAGUCUGCAAAAAUGCAUGUCAAGGCAAUAACAUUUCUGGGUUGAGGUGGAACGCGGUUCUGGAGAGAGGGACACGUGUCGUGAGAUCGGUGUUCUUGCCGGUAGGGCAAGGAUUAGAGAUGGCGCACGUAGGGAGUAAAGUCAAGGGAGAAAAAAAUUUAAAAAAUAGUCCAACUCGUAGCCGUUGGAUCAAGCAUAUUGAUCAACGAUCGGGAGAGGAGCAUGUCUUUCGAGGAAAAUUUAGAGCCGAAGUUGACUGACUUUUUUUUUGUCCAAGUUUGAAUCUUUCUUCUUCAUCCAUGUCCAAAGUCAAAGUCAGAGGGUUUAAUUAAUAUGUUCCUUUUGUAAUUCAGGAGGACAUCUCAUAAUUCAAGUAUGAAUAAUGUAAAUAUUUGCAAAUGUAAUAAAAAUUAAAAAUGUUUUUUUAUUCAACA